ACGCCAAUUCCGAAUACUUUAGCACGUUCUCCGUCCAAUUUUACGUUGACUUGCAAAUUUGUAGACAAAUUAGACCAUUAUUCAUGAAAUGAGAAUUGAAAAACCUUCAACAUCGAUUUUCUCAAAACAUAUCGGGUGGCUCAUAAGACCUAAUCAAAACUAACUCUAGAAUGGAUAAAAUCUGAAAUAGUUUUAAAGAAUUCGGAAAUGCUUAGAUAUGUACGAGAGUGUAUGGUAAAACUUAUUUUUUGUUUUGUUGGGCUCCGGUCAUUCUGUUUUGGUCACGCAACCGGACUCGUGCGAUAUGCGAGAAACGACGAUCGCUUGCUGCGAUUGUACAAUUUCGUGCAAUUUGACGUAGUGAUAAUUCGGUCCAGAGCUCUUCGGAUUGAUAACGCAAAAAAAAUUGUAAGAACUGUUACCCUGGAAGUGCCGUUACAAUGACAACGCUGUUCACGUUGGGAAAGCAGCACUAAUUUGAAUUGUCAUCCAACAAGUGAAAGAUAGGCGGCGAGCCAGAGAGCAAUGAACAUCAAAUCUGAAUCUGAUGAUGAAACCCUCCUUCCUCCACCUGGUGUGGACAUGGACGAUAGUCGUUUUAGAAUUCGACCCUAUCAACAGAUACUGUCUUCCUGUACCGGAGCUUUGAUAACAUCCACUUUUAUGACACCGUUGGAUGUGGUCAAAACACGCUUGCAGGCACAACAGAAAUUGCUACUGUCGAACAAAUGCUAUUUGUACUGUAAUGGGCUGAUGGACCAUCUGUGUCCAUGUGGGCCAGGAACCGUGUCUGCUGUACAGAAACCGACCCUGCAUUUCAGUGGUACUUUGGAUGCCUUUGCGAAAAUCAGUCGCUAUGAGGGUGUUCGAUCGUUGUGGUCCGGUUUGAGUCCAACGCUGGUGCUUGCCCUGCCCACAACCAUCAUCUAUUUUGUAGCAUAUGAACAAUUUCGGCUAGGAUUGAAAGAACUUUAUCUCAAAAGAAAAGGUCAGAAUGCAGAAUUACCACUAUUUUUACCCAUGGUGGCCGGAGCAACGGCUCGCGUUUUCGCCGUUUCUAUAGUCAAUCCACUUGAACUUAUUCGUACAAAAAUGCAAUCUACAAAGUUGAGCUAUUCGGAAGUUGGCCAAGGUAUUCGUACUAUGAUCCAAAACCAAGGCAUAUUGGGAAUGUGGAAAGGAUUUUUUCCCACUAUUCUAAGGGAUGUUCCCUUCAGCGGUAUCUACUGGACAACGUACGAAACUAUUAAGAAACGCAGCCAAGCUACACAACCAUCGUUUGGAUUCACUUUCGUUGCCGGGGCCAUUGCCGGAGGGGUGGCAGCCUUCCUAACAGUACCGUUUGAUGUCGUCAAAACUCAUCAGCAAAUCGAGUUUGGUGAGAGGUUUCUUUAUGCUGAUAAUGGGGAAAAGAAGAAACCUAUGCGCAGCACAGGAACAUUUGAAACAAUGCGUAAAAUUUUUAUGCGAAACGGUAUCAAAGGUUUAUUUUCUGGACUCACACCACGACUGGUGAAAGUGGCCCCAGCUUGCGCAAUUAUGAUCGCUUCAUUUGAGUAUGGGAAAAACUUUUUCUACAACUAUAACGUGCGUAAAUAUUUGGAAAAGGGAGACAUUAACCUGACGACUAAAAUAGUCGCGCCAGUCUCUAAACACUCUCAUCUCUAGGGUGGUGAAGAGUCUUGUGGAUAACCAGGUGAUUGUUUUUUACUAGGGAAACAACGUGAAGUUCAAUAUUCAUUUUAAGAUUUGUUGGAAACAGUAAUAAAUGCGGCAAAUUUAGUUUGAGAAGAGUGCUUGCGCAAUAUGUAAAUAAAUCCUCUUAUUAUCCGAUAAUAUGAUUAGGCAUGAUGCGAUAUUUGAGCUAUAAUUCCCAACACGCACGAAAGAAAUCCAGCAAUAAAUUAAGCAUUUUUUCGGCAGAUCA